AUGAAGCCGUUGUCGGUUCUCGCGGCGGCUUUGCUGACAGCCGUCGAUGCCUCUCCCGAGGCACCUGGUCAGUCGUACAAGUUCCAAGUCCGAAACCACUCGUCACACUCCCCUCCUCAUUACCCAUCACCAUGGAUGAAUCCCGAUGCUCCUGGAUGGCAAGAGGCAUAUGCCAAGGCGAGAGCCUUUGUGUCACAAAUGACCCUCAUUGAAAAGGUCAACUUGACCACUGGCAUCGGGUGGAUGGGCGAUAACUGCCUCGGCAACGUUGGAGCUGUUCCUCGGCUUGGCCUUCGAUCCCUCUGCUUGCAGGAUGGGCCGUUGGGUAUUCGUCUCUCGGAUUACAACAGUGCCUUCCCUGCUGGAAUCACCGCCGGCGCGACGUGGUCCGAAGCGCUCUGGAGAGAUCGGGGAAAGGCCAUGGGCGCCGAAAACAAGGCCAAGGGCGUUGAUGUCACCCUGGGCCCUGUCAGCGGUCCUCUUGGCCGCGCCCCAACCGGCGGGCGCAAUCCUGAAGGCUUCGGCACCGACCCUUAUCUCCAAGGCAGGGGUCUGGCCAACACGGUCAUUGGCAUCCAAGAGGCGGGAGUUGUCGCCUGCGCCAAGCAUUUCAUCGCCAACGAGCAAGAGCACUUCAGACAGGCUGGAGAAGCGCAGUCGUAUGGCUUCAACAUCUCCGAAUCCAUCUCGUCCAACAUUGACGACAAGACCUUGCAUGAAGUGUACGCUUGGCCGUUUGCCGACGCCAUCAGGGCUGGAGUUGGCUCCAUAAUGUGUUCCUACAACCAGAUCAAUAAUUCGUACGGUUGCCAAAACUCAAAACUCCUCAACGGCAUUCUCAAGGAUGAGAUGGGCUUCCAGGGCUUCAUCAUGAGCGACUGGCAGGCCCAGCACGCGGGGGCCGCCACUGCGGUCGCCGGCCUCGACAUGAGCAUGCCCGGAGACACCGUCUUUGGGUCCGGGCACAGCUUCUGGGGAGGAAACCUGACUCUGGCCGUCAUCAACGGAACCGUCCCCGCCUACCGCAUCGAUGACAUGGCCAUGCGUGUCAUGGCCGCGUGGUUCAAGGUCGGAAACACGCCUGGCAAGCAGGUCCCGACCAGCUUCAGCUCAUGGACCCGAGACACGUACGGAUAUCGCCAAGCCAUGGCCAAGGACAACUGGGAGCACAUCAACUUUCAAGUAGACGUCCGUGACAAGCACGCUGCGCACAUUCGAGAGUCAGCCGCCAAAGGCACCGUGAUUCUCAAGAACGAUGGGGUGUUGCCCCUCAAGACACCCAAGUUCCUCGCAGUCAUUGGCGAGGACGCUGGCCAGAACCCCCAGGGCCCCAACGGCUGCGCCGACCGUGGCUGCGACAAUGGCACCCUGGCCAUGCUCUGGGGUUCCGGCACGUCACAGUUCCCGUACCUCAUCACUCCCGACAGCGCCCUUCAGCGCCAGGCCGUCCAAGAUGGCUCCCGAUACGAGAGUGUUCUCAGCAACUACGAAUGGGACGCAGCCAGGUCCGUCGUUUCCCAGGCCAACGUUACCUCGGUCGUCUUUGUCAACGCCAACAGCGGCGAGGGCUACAUCAGCGUCGACGGCAAUCAAGGCGACCGCAACAACCUUACUCUGUGGAGGAACGGGGACGAUUUGAUCAAGAACGUCUCUUCCUACUGCGCCAACACCAUUGUCGUCAUCCACAGCGUCGGUCCCGUGCUGGUGACUGACUGGUACCAGAACCCCAACGUCACCGCCAUUGUUUGGGCCGGCCUCCCUGGGCAGGAAUCCGGCAACUCCAUCACCGACGUCCUCUACGGCAAGACCAGCCCUGGCCGGACGCCCUUCACCUGGGGCCCGACGGUCGAGAGCUACGGCACCGACGUCAUGUACCAGCCCAACAACGGCAACGGCGCACCUCAGCAGGACUUUGAGGAGGGCCCCUUUAUCGACUACCGGCACUUUGACAAGGUUGCCCCCGGCAAGUCCCCGGGAGCCCCCAUCUACGAGUUUGGGCACGGUCUGUCUUGGACGACUUUCAAGUACUCGAACCUCAAUGUGGUGAAGCACAAUGUCGGCCUCAUGUCCCCGCCCCGAGGCAGGACGUCGCGCGCCCCUACGUUUGGCAACUUUAGCACGAACCUGGGCGACUACGCGUACCCUUCCUUCAUCCGCCACAUUGAUACAUUUAUCUAUCCGUGGCUUUACCCCACCACUUCUGGCAAGCAAGCCUCGGGAGAUGCCGACUACGGGCAGACGGCCGAGCAAUUCCUCCCACCCGGCGCAACAGACGGCUCCCCGCAGCCCAAGCUCCCCUCAUCCGGCGAGCCUGGCGGCCACCCGGGGCUGUGGGAUGUCAUGUACACGGUUACUGCCACCAUAACCAAUACCGGCGAUGCCACGAGCGACGAGGUUGCCCAGCUGUACGUCAGCCUCGGCGGCGAGAAGGAGCCUGUCCGUGUUCUGCGCGGGUUCGACCGCAUAGAGCGCAUUGCUCCCGGGCAGAGCGUCACCUUUCGACAUGAGCUCACGCGCCGUGAAAUCAGCAACUGGGACACUGUUUCCCAGAACUGGGUGGUCACCGAGGCUCCCAAGACGGUGUGGGUCGGCAGCAGCUCACGUAACCUGCCACUGAGUGCCACGCUGGGCUGA